GAAUAAGGGAGGCGCAGUUAGAUUUGACGUUCCGGUUUUAGUACUGACGGUGACAUUCAGAGGGUGACAUCAUCGACGUUGUGAGCACGUACGUCGUUAAGUAACGAGAGGAGGGGAAGGCAAAUCAGAGCGGAGAACGGCCGUCUGUGCUGCUGGUGCUUCUCAGGGACUAUCAACAGGGAGCGCAACCGACGACUGAGCUCAGAGCUGGGGGUAUGAGAGCUGUCAUAAUCCGCUCCCAUCCUCUUCUGGUCGGUUUCUUGUCCGACUGACAACCACCGGAUCAGAAGCUCCACUUGACCAGCUGUCGGACGAACCCGAUAUCGGAUCUACGUUGUCCGUUGAUGACAGUGACACCUCGCAACCAUGGAGCUGAGAGUGGGGAACAAAUACCGGCUGGGGCGAAAAAUAGGGAGUGGAUCCUUCGGAGACAUUUACCUCGGUGCCAACAUUGCGACGGGCGAGGAAGUCGCCAUCAAGUUGGAAUGUGUGAAGACCAAACACCCACAGUUGCACAUUGAAAGCAAGUUCUACAAGAUGAUGCAGGGAGGAGUCGGGAUCCCAUCGAUAAAAUGGUGCGGCGCCGAGGGCGACUACAACGUCAUGGUGAUGGAGCUGCUGGGGCCCAGCCUGGAGGACCUUUUUAACUUCUGCUCCAGGAAGUUCAGCCUGAAGACUGUCCUGCUUCUGGCAGACCAGAUGAUCAGCCGCAUCGAGUACAUCCACUCCAAGAACUUCAUCCACAGAGACGUGAAGCCAGAUAACUUCCUCAUGGGUUUGGGCAAAAAGGGCAACCUGGUGUACAUCAUUGACUUUGGGCUGGCCAAAAAGUACCGCGACGCUCGCACGCACCAGCACAUCCCUUACAGGGAGAACAAGAACCUGACGGGAACGGCGCGCUACGCCUCCAUCAACACGCAUCUUGGAAUCGAGCAGUCGAGACGUGACGACCUGGAGUCCCUCGGUUACGUCCUCAUGUACUUCAACCUGGGCUCGCUGCCCUGGCAGGGCCUCAAGGCUGCCACCAAGAGACAGAAGUACGAGCGAAUCAGCGAGAAGAAGAUGUCCACACCCAUCGAAGUUCUUUGCAAAGGAUAUCCUUCCGAGUUCUCCACGUACCUGAAUUUUUGCCGCUCGCUCCGUUUUGAUGACAAACCGGAUUACUCUUAUCUACGCCAACUGUUCCGGAAUCUCUUCCACCGGCAGGGAUUCUCCUACGAUUACGUCUUUGACUGGAACAUGCUCAAAUUUGGCGCCAGUCGAUCAACUGAGGAUGGGGAUCGUGACAGAAGAGCCGGAGAUGAUCGAGACGACCGGAUUGGAGGAGCCCCCAGGGGGUCUGCGUCGCGGGGCCUCCCUUCAGGCCCCACCCCUGGCGCUCCCAACAGAGUCCGGAACGGACCAGAGCAAGCCAUCUCAAACCCGGCCUCACGGGUCCAGCAGUCUGGCAACACGUCACCUCGUGCAAUUUCCCGCGCUGAGCGGGAGAGGAAGGUGAGCAUGCGUUUACACCGUGGCGCUCCUGCCAACGUAUCGUCCUCUGACCUCACAGCCCGACAAGACCAGUCGAGGAUUUCCACGUCACAGGUCAGCGUGCCGUUUGAGCACAUUGGGAAGUGAGAUUUUGCAGCUCCUCAUGCACACACAUAUGACAGGGCUGCAAGGAAGUUUUGUCACUAUACUUUUCUUUACCCCCAACGUUCUUUAUACUUUGUUUAUUGCAAAACUGUUCAAUGGACAUGCAGGGUGUUUUCUUUUUUCUUCUGAUAUUAAAUGUUUAAAGGGUUCAGGAAAAUACACAAAGGUAUUCAACAUGCGUUCUUACCCAGACCGCUAUAGGAUCACCACCACAGUACGUAAAACCAGUGACAACGCUGCACCUUGACAGUUGCUCAUUCCCACCCUGUUGUUUUUUUGUUUUGGUCCUCUAAACAUUCCCUUGAAAACAGUCAGCAUUGAAGGAGCAAGAAAAAAGGAAGAAAAAAAAAAAGAUUUCAGGAACAUGCAUGUUUCUUAUUGAUGGUUGAUCAGACUUAGAAAUGUUCCCCCUUUUUCCCAGAAAAAGGUAACUGUCAUCUUCAUCAUUCAUGAAGGAAUAUGAUAUCGAAGGUUGAGUAUCCCUUGUUUGUUUCCUUAUUUUAUUCUUUGUAUUUUUUAAGAAUGGAAAGCUAAAUCGGAUGAGGCAUGUAGAUUAGAGGGCGGCAACCACAGGAAAGGAAGCGAAUGAGUAAGUGAUGUUUUUUAGCUGGUAUUUGUUUUUCCCCUCGCAUCCACUUUAAGACAUAAAAAUCCUCUGCACAUCUACUCUGUCUAUUUUUAUUAUUAUUUUUACAAGCUUUUAUUUAUUCUUUUUUUUUUUUUUUUUUUUUUUUGCUUUGAUUUUAUUCCGUGGCGGGGAAAAAAAAAUACGAUUGUGGAAAUUUGAAGGACUCACUCCUAAGUCUUGAGCGAAGCUCCUCAGGAAAUAUCUCAGCAUACCAAUAUUCGACCUGAGACCACAGCUGCCCAUUUUGGCUUACAAACAGGGGAUGCAAUUUUUAUGAUAUUUCUUAAAAGUUACCUUUUUUAUUCAUUUGUUAUUUGGGGCUUUGAAGAAGGCGAGGAGAGGGUGGGGGGCAGUCACUGUUAGGAACAUGAGGGCGGGUCGGGGCAUCAAAUUUCUUUUUUUUUUUUUUCUUCUUUUCUUUAUUUCUUUUUUGUUGCUUACUCCACUGUAAAUAUUUUUUUAUUUCAUUGUAAAGCCAAAAUGUGGUUAUUGUAAAGGUGUAAAGUAGAAAAAUGCAUACUAAUGACUUAUAGGGCGUUGAAUCCGAAAUAAACGUGGAGAUAGGCGACGGUUGCUGUGCCAGCUGGGUCAUCCAACAGGUGUGAUUGAGUCGAGUGCUACAGAAAAACCUCCAAGAUCAAUAACGUUGCUUCAUCUGUUCAGAUCCUCCAAAAAAAAAAGACUUCCAGUGUUUCUGUUACAGAAAAAUAAAUUGGUUUAGUUGACACCACAUUCUCUUUAUUUAACUCCUCUUCAACUUUGUCAUUAGAUGCGUGUGCGUGCGUAUGAAUGGAGUGCACUGUGUAUAGUUGCCAUUGUACAGGCCACCAUGACCCAGUGGCAUUGCAGUUGUAGCUUGGAGGAUGAAGCAAAAGGUAUUUCACAUUGUGUAUUGUGUACCGAUAUCCUGUACAGUUCUUUAACACUAUUUACAGUAUUUGUGUAUAUUUUAUGAAGUAAUAAAAUGGAUAAUGUUGCUGACAA